CGGAAGCUAAUCCAUGAUUCCUAAAGUUAGGUCCGAAACACGUGUGGAAAUGUCGGCUGUAACCAGACACAGGGUUUUGAAGUUAUUCAGACAACUACAUAAGACAAAGUGUGCUGUUUUCCAAGACGAUGAUUUUGCAUUAGGAGAGACACGGAGCAGAAUUAAUGAAGAAUUCAAAAAGGGCAAAGAUGAAACAGAUCCUGAAAAAAUUGAAGAGCUGAUUAAAACGGCUGAGGAUGUUGACAUGUUACUGAGAAAGACUGUCAUACAAGCCAAACUGGUAGGCGAGAACAGAUACAGACUAAAGAUUACAAAAGAUACAUACCUCGAAGAUAAUUAUCCCUUUGAUCCAAAUGCAGAUCUUCCUGAACCUUUAUCAAAAAGAAAAGGAAAGCGUGGCCGAAAGACUUGUGAGGAAAUUCACAAAGAGCUUGAGGAUCCAAAACUACCAUCUUGAUUAUUGAUACUGUGUUUCUGAAUUGUUUAAGUUUGUGAAAAUCAGUCUGAUAUUUGGUUCACACUCAUACCACUAAAGUUGGAAAGAUGUCAUCAUUUUGAGGCCUGUGAUAACGAGAGGUACUGCUGACAGUGACUCCACUAAGAUAUACUGUGACUACCAUCAUAAUCUAUGUGUAUUGUGACGAGGUUAAAACAAGAGUACAUGUGACUCCACUACAAUAUACUGUGACUACCGUCGUGAUCUAUGUGUAUUGUGACGAGGUUAAACCCAUGUUAAAACGAGAGUACAUGUGACUCAACUAAGAUAUACUGUGACCCCCGUAAUCUUUGUGUAUUGUGAAGAGGUUAAACCGAUGUUAAAACGAGAGUACAUGUGACUCCACUAAGAUAGACUGUGACCACUGUAAUCUUUGUGUAUUGUGACGAGGGUAAACCCAUGUUAAAACGAGAGUACAUGGGACUCCACUAAGAUAUACUGUGACCACUGUAGUCUUUGUGUAUUGUGACGAGGUUAAACCCAUGUUAAAACGAGAGUACCGUACAUGUGAAUUGACUAAGAUAUGCUGUCAUAUCCUGGUCUGCAAAUGUCUAAGAGGAAAAUGCUGAGCAAACAAACAUUCAUUUUAUAGGAUGUUUUUGAUAAAUAUAUGUUUUGUUUUUUGUUAUUUAUUGAAAAGCUUAGAUGAUAAAUACAUGUAUUAAGAAUCAUAAAUUCUCUGCUCUAUAGGCAAGAAAGUUUUGAAAAGAUCCAUAUUACAUUUUGUUACAGAACAGAUUAGGUACUCCUUUAGACCUUUGUUAAUUGUGUGUAAAUUAUUUUGUGAACACUGUAUAUAUCAUCUCACCACCAUGUCACCAGUUUACCAGAAUAAAAUCAUUGUCU